AUGGAUUUUGCAAUUGAACAAGAUGAUACUUUAAUUAGCAGCACUUCUAAGGCGGAAGUUAAGGAUACCAAAGUGGAUGCUGACAAGGGGACGCCCGCGACCAGAGGUCACAAGAGGGAAGACGCCAGUGGAAAAUCAGCUGGUGAAGCAACAGGUGAAAUAAUAGGUGAGACAGCUGGUGAAGUUACUGGGGAAGAUGUCAAUGUGAACAAAUACUUUGAUGAACUGGAGGACAAAGUUACUCAACAGUACGAGAAGACAUCAAAUGUCUUAAAGAAAAUAGUCAAGGAGAGGGAUGACGGCAUUGAAUUAAACCUGGGUCUUGAUCCAGAGACUAGUGCCAAAGCUCAAGAAUAUAUUCAGAAGUUGGAUGAGAAUUUGCAAUCAGUGGAGAAAUUGGCACAAUCUUAUUGGAGUAAGAUGAGCGUCUCUGUCAGUAAAUCAGUCACGGAAUCAUUAAGCACUGGGAAAGCUGCAAUUGAGAAAGUUCAAAAGGAGAACAAUGCGGGCUCCUUUUGGUCCUCUUGGAAACCCAUGCUUUCUGGUGUGAUAGGCUCUGAGGAUGAGCCCUCUACUCAGAAGGACCUUAGCGUUGGUGCGAUGGGUGGUAACCGAACUGAGUUAGAACUAAGGAUGUUAGAGACAGAUAAAUCUAUUUACACAAAUAACAAAUUACCGCUUGAUAAAGAAUUUAAUGCCGAUAGCAAAACCGUAGAGAUUGCCAACCUAAUAAGAACUAAUAAGGAUUUAGAAAAAAUGAUGAAUGAGCUGGUUCCUAAGGAAGUACCAUAUGCAGAUUUUUGGAAUAUUUAUUUUACACAUCAGAAGAGGAUAUUGGAGAUGGAAGAGAGAAGGAAACGGAUAUUGGAGGAAAAGCUCAAAAAUGACGACAAUGCAGAUGAAGAAGUGGCCUGGGACGAUGAUGAAGAUGAAGGUAUAACGGCACCUGCUGCCGAUGCUGAACAGCAAUCAAUCAAGGAAAAGAAAAUAUCUGAAACUAAAUCUGAACAACCUGUUGAGAAACAACCAAAGGAAGUUAAAGAAGCUGUCACCAUACCUGCUGUUGCUGGAGAUGAUGACGACGAAGAUGAUUGGGAAUAG